AUGAGUGAUAAUAGAAGUGAAGAUAUAUUUGACCAAGUUGCAUCAGAUAUUAGAGAACAGAUAGAGAGACUGAAAAGUAUAGAUUAUGUCAGUAAAGCAGAAAUAGAAGAGUAUAAUGAAGGCGUUGAAGAUAUUAAAGAUACUAUAAAUGAUUUGCAAAAGAGUGCAGAGGUCAUCAGAAGGAAUGAUCCUGCUUCAGCCCAAGUUAAGGAAGUUGAAGUUGCAUCAUUGAGAAAAUUAUUAAAAGAUUUAGAGAACGAUAAAAUUAACAAACGUAAAAACUAUAAUGAGGAAAAUAAAGUCAGUAAUUUUAUGGAUGGUGAACAAAAUGAUACCUCAAGAACCACUGGUAACGUGGAGAAUGCAGUUCAAACACAAAUGUUUCAAGAACAAUCUGACCAGUUGGACGUAAUUCAUUUAACCAUGGAUCAAUUACAACAACAGGCUAGAACUAUGGGUGAUGAAUUAUUGGAUCAGGGUGAAUUAUUAGACCAAAUGGAUGAUGGUAUGGAUACAUUAGGAGGUAAAUUGAAUAGAGGUAAAAAGCAGUUGGAGUGGAUAUAUGAAAAAAAUCGUGAAAGAUGGAAUGACUGUUGCAUAGUCUUAUUGAUAAUAGCAUUAAUUGUCUUAUUAGUGGUUGCUGUUGUGUUAUAG